AUGUGUUUCAUACAGUUUGGCCCGUUGAAACCCCAACCCCCUCGCCGGGAGGCAUACGGCAAUAACUACGAUAGAUACCUUCAGGAUCAGGAAAGGUACCAGAGGGCACUUGAGGCAUAUUACAAAGAUAAAAAGAAGCGCCGGGCCAGAAAUAAUGCGCACAGUACUGCUUGGAUGGGUGGUGCAGCUGCGUCUGCGGCUGCUGGUAGUGGUGCAGGUGGUGGUGGCGGCGGCGGGUGCUAG